AUGGUGCGCAUUUCGGUCUUCAAGUACUACCAUCAUGCGAGUGCUCGGCGGCAUGAAUGGGUCUUCCUGGCCCAUGAUGGAGUAGGACCUGCUGCAGCGAGGAAAGGCCUGAUCAUUUUCCAGCGCCAGACCAGGCAGAAGCACAUUGCCAUCGGAAGCUGCGGGCGUUGGACAUGCGAGGAUGUUGGGGAUGGUCCACGAACCAUUGAGUUCAAGAACUUCGCUUGCGAUGAUGCCCCCAACAUCAACAGGCAUGAGCUCCUUUGGCAAUGUGUUGGUGCCUUCAGCGACGGUCGCAGUACCUGGACCUCCUACGAGAUGGGCCGGAACAAGAUCCAGCAGCGCACCAUGCAGUACAUCGGCUGGCUGGUGAAGGAGGACCCCUGGAGGAUGGAGCCCUUUCUCGGGCCAUGGCAGCAAGAUAUCCACGCUCCGGUCCCACAUGGUGCAAGUGUACUGCGGCAUUUGCCGUGUCUGGACUCCCACCCCGAGCUGCGCCAGCUGACGAACGAUGAGGAGCCGGACCUGGAGUGGACAUUAGUGGACCAGCAAUAG